GGGCUGGGGUGGAUUUGGGUAUUCAUUUAAUCUUGGGUUGGGGAAGAUUUAGGUAUUCUUUGUUUCUUUUAUUUCUUUUUCUGUGUAAAGCACUGUGUGCUACAUGGUUGUGUAUGAAAAGUGCUAUAUAAAUAAAGACAGAUUGAUUGAUUGAUUGACAAAGUGCUCUGACAAAUAGUUGUAAAGCAUCAGCACAUGGGAAUAAAAACAAAUAAAAAACAAAAGCUCAGUUAAAAACAAGGCCUCCGAAUUGAAGGCCAAUUUAAUUGGAAACCCAUGAUCAUAAGAAACCCAGACAAUACAAGAACCCUACGACAUAAAAUGAGACCAUGAGGACAAAUAUAAAAACAAGAAAUAGGUAAGAAGUAAGAAAUGUGAUUAUAAAAAGGUGGGUAGAAAGCAGGAAACAGGAUAGUAAAUAUAUAAAAGGACGAUGUUUAUGAUAAUAAUAAUAAAAUCAUAAUUAAAUAUUAAUGAUGGUAAUAUUAAUGAUAAAAUGGAAUAACAUAAAUGAGCAGAAAAAAACCCAAUAAAAUCAACAAAAGGCCUAAAAGGUCAAUUAAGAAUGUUAUUAACUGAGUUACCGGAAUCUAGCAGCUUAAGUGAAACUUUUAAGCUCUUGUUUCCAGAUAUUGUGCAUGAAUCAUGCAUUUCCUCAUGGUAAGGUGACAAUAAUAUCAUGUAGGCCUACAUAAAGCUCCUCAAACUUUUGUCAACGUAAGGUCAGGUAAGGCUGGAGUUAGUUUGCGUGCAUGCACGUGCGUGAAUGCGAUAAUGAGCGCGCGCGCCAGUCUCAGCGCUCACUCGCUUCAUUCAUUGCUGCUCGUGCGGCUGUAUGUACGGACUCUCACUCCUCCUCCAAGCUGGGAAGAAGAGGCUUUAAAUCGGGACUAUGAGGGGCUCCUGCCGCCCGAGACACACGCGGGACAGAGCAGGUAGGUUGCAAAUUUUCACUUUUUUAUCAUUUGUUUCCUUGACACUCGUUAGUACUCGCGACAUUGUGUGCAGCAGCAGCAGCGGCAGCGGUGAGAGCAGCUUUGGUUCGCGAGCGGAUGAAGUAAACAAGCCCAUGUCACGUAGGCACGUUUCAGCGCUGACAGAGAGACAGGGGCUUUACAUGCCGAGGAGAGGUGGGACACACUGCGAUAAACAACCCGGAAAUGUUGGACAGACUGGGUGUUUCAGGUAUUAUAAAAUGUAGAGAUAGUUUUUCACUUUAUAAAUAGCUGGAAAUGCUUUAGCAGAGAGAUAGAGAGAGAGCUCCAGCCCCUUCCUCUCCGCUGCUUCGCUUUGCUACAGCUGCUGGUUGGUUAGCACUGAGCUAGCUGGUGGGCUGACAGUCCGUAGGUUGUAAACACUGACUGAAUGUCUCCUGAGGGGCGUGAAAACAUGAUAACAUUGGUUUUAAAAGAAUGCUUUAUCUGUUUUGGGGCAUCUUUUGUGUUAGGGCACUAGAAAUUGAAAGUAAGUUUUUUUUUAUAUGGAUCCCUAGUGCCAUAGAAGAUACAGUCUGUCCAUGCUGUUUCCUGAAAGGAGAAUAUCAUCAAAUGGUCAGCUUUCCCUGCAGAUCUUGCUACACGAUGCAAUUCAACAGUUGUGGGAUAUGGGUUGUAAAGUAGUGUUGAUUAUUAAGCAGACUGUAGAUAGAUGAAUUUAUAAAUAAUCUUCACUUUGGGGUAAAAUUAAGUCUGCCUCAUAUUCACAAUGUGCAACUGUUGAAGGGACAGUUGUGGAAGCAGAGCUCAGUAAUAUUUUGGUUCCAAAAACUCUUAUCUAACAGUUUCUUUCUUGUGUUGAAGGUACCUUAACUCUGCUGCAAAAAUACCUCACAAAUGUUUACUUUUGCAUGCUGUAAACCCAGCCUGUUUCAUUCAGGGUGACACUAUGAAUACUUCUUAUUUUAUAAAAGGAUUGUAGUCAAAUGAAUGGCUUUUGCAACAAAGCUGAUAAUACUUUUGCUUUUAAUCCAAUGACUCAUUUGUUUGGAGAACAUAUUACAUAAUUCUAGUUAUGUAGCCAAAAGGUUUUGUUAAAAAUGCAUUAUUUUGGGGAAAUGCCUCGCAAGGAGAACAAACUUGAACAAAAGUCUCAUAAAGACUGUGAACUCUGGGAGAGGGAUUCUCUGCUGUUUGUUGUAUUGCAAAUAUGCUCACAGCUGUUUAUAGGUCUGCAGCCGAGCUGGUGUGGCAGAUGCACGGGGGAUGAACAGAGCUCAGGCUGUGCUGUGCUGCUGCUGCUGCUGCUGAGUAGGAGAUGUGCUCUGCUGGUUAACUAUCUGCCAACACAGAGAGGUGGGGCUACGCAGAAAAACAGGAAAAACAUGCUAGAAAGUGACAUACUUGCCUGAUCUGGAGGCAUUUCUAUUUAUGAAAACAUAAGGUACAAACAGCUUCUUUGUGCUAUGACCAUUUGGUGUGGUUUGCUAAAACCAACAAUGUUUGCAUUGUCUUACAUAUGUUUACAACUGUAGACGGAGAGACCUGCUUCAGAGGUUGCCGCAGACUCAGCAUGGAUUAUAUCCUUAUAUGCACUCUUCCACAGCGACUGUACACUCUGGAGGAUAUUUAUCUGCAUGCCUGAGAGGCUGCCUCCCAGGCGCUGUCAGCUGUAGUAAAUUUACCCUCUUUAGUCCAUUAUUUCCACCUUCCUAUUGUACUGCAUAUUUUUUGGCUGUUAUUAUGUCUGUCGGAUUCCACCUCUGAAUAAAUCAGUCCUUCUCAUCCUUGUUCACUAAGUCGCUCCCUCUAGCUUGCUCACUGCUGCUCCCUCCCGCCCUGCCUGUGUCUGCUCUCUAUCUGGGGGAAAGUUCACCCGCUCGCUCAGAAUCUCAUUAUUGGCUUCAGGCAGAGCUGUGGCCUACGUGUGCGUGUGUGUGUGUAGUGUCUAUGCAGUGCUUGUACGCCUGCGCAGUUCACUCAUCGAGCAGAUGUGUUUAUGUGAGAGCAUUUAAAUUCAGGGUUGGUAUUUUUAAAUCACUAUUGCUUGCAAAUACAGCUCUGUUUGUGCACAAUGUAACCAUUUAUCUAUUGGUCCUGCUUCAUUGGCCUCAGUGAAACUGCCUGAUUUUAUCCUGUAAUCUAAAGGGCCUGUGUAUGUGAUGUAGAGGCUGUCUUGUAUAAUUACUUGAAAAUAUGGGCCAUAUUAUUCAUUCAAAUGGUUUGUAUGUACAGAAAGAGUAGGGUUUGUAUGUAGAGUCAAAAUUUGCCAUUGCAGUGUUUUGUUUCUGUGAAAGCCCCGAAUGGGCAAACCAAACACUGCUGUAUUUUUGGGACAUUUUUUCAUGUGGUUGCCAGGUUUGUGGAUGAACUUGAGUGGCCCACCAGAGUCUAGACCUCAGUUAUUUGGGUCCAAUGUUUUUGGGAUGAGUUUCAAUGUCAACUGCAAACAAAGCCUCAUGCCAACAUUAGUUCAGACAGGCCUUUUCAGUGUGAGAGCCUGGUGUUGCAGUAAAAUUUGGGGUCAGCUACAUGCAACUAUCCAUGUUUAAAGGGAUAUUUGUAAAAUCAAGUAAGGGUCAAACACACCUUGACACCGAGUUAGACACCCCGUCAAGAGAUGAAUGUUGCUGACCACUUGCUUCUCUAGCAAUGACUGCACAAUAGCAAUACAGAGAGCUAUGUGCUCAACCAAAACGCCACUUUAUAGCCACAAAUAAUGCUCAGAACAGCACCUAACUUCAUCAACAGUACAUAUAGGGUCCCAGCCAUGGCACUAGCGGCGAAGAGAGUAGGUGAGUUGUUUUUAGUCUCUUUGCAAAAGAAAUCAGGCAAAGUUAAAAAGAUAUUUGGUGGCUAGUACUAUGGCUGGGACUGUUGAUGAAGUUAGGUGCUGUUCUGAGCAUUAUUUGUGGCUAUAGAGUGGUGUUUUGGUUGAGGUUUGUUUUUGGCUCCUCAGACCGCUGUGUAUUGCUAUCCUGCGGUCGUUACUAAAGUUGGUAUAACUAGAGAAGCAAGCGGUUGGCAACAUCAAUCUCUCGACGGGGUGUCUAAUUUGGUGUUAUGGUGUGUUUGACCCUAACUUAUUUUUACACCAGAAUAUCCCUUUAAUUUAGGGCUGCAGCUAUCGAUUAUUUUAGUAAUCGAGUACUCUAUCGAUUAAUCUGUCGAUUAAUCGAGUAAUCGGAUAAGAAAUGUUUUGCUCUCACUGUAAUACUUUGCAUUGAAUCACGUUUGCCUCAUUAAAAACCAUCAGUAACACACAAAACUGAAAUAGGCCAGGUCUUUCAAAUGAAUAUUUUUACUGCAUAAAUCAGGAACCAAAAGUUUUACAUUUUACCAUGUAGUUCACAUGAAACUACUGAAGGCAAGGUCUGCAGAUGGUCUUUUAAUUGCUAUGGUAAUGAUCUUUGCAGUUUUCACUAAACCAGUCACAACUAUUUCCAGGCUUUGGAUCUAAUUUUACUUGUUUAAUUAAUAGGCUGAAAUAAUAUAAUUCUUGGAUACUAACAUAAUUUGACAAGCAAAUGUACAUUUAUUCAAUAUAUAAAAGUGUUACAUUUUUAUUUACAUGUUGUUGUGUGUUGGUCAUUUUGCAGCCCUCUGCUGCUUAUCACACGCCCAGCAGGUGGUGUAUAGCAUUAUCACCAUGGAUACACGGAUGUUUGUGUGAUUUUUUUCAUCCACUGCCGCCCGGUUUGUGUCGUGUAGAUGUUGAUUAUGAAAACACUUCGCAAUAAUUUGGAAACGUGAAGGGGGAGCUGCUGCUGCCCGGUGUUUACGGUAAAUAGACGCAAACACCGACCAAGUUGACGCUUCGGUCUCCGAAAACGCCGAGACAAAUUUACAAACAGCCACUAUUUCAAACAACUGGGCUCAUAAUCGUGAUGUAAACACUUACUUUCUCGCUAGAAAAAAUAUUAUUAUUGAAUGAAUUUAUAUAAUUUGUCCGGUAUGCAGUCGUUCUAUGUAGCUUGUGGUAGGACUAUUUAAAUUUUCCCGGCGCUGCGUCCGGCCGGCACGAAAUGCAUUCUGGGGUAUUUAGUAUGUAUGUGUGUAAACGCUCGGGCAGCCGCGGCAUACUCAAAUCAUCUUCGAGUAGUCGGUAGGCAGUAGCUACUGCUUGAGUAGGUAAGUAGAUAGCAGGCAGUAUGCCAUUUCGGACACAGCUUCUGUCUGUCCUCGUUUCCCUCCAUGAUUGAACCAAACGCGCGGCAGCGGAAGGAGCGGAAAGAGCACGCUUCUGCGCAACAGAAAUAACCGUCCGUGUCAAACACCGUGCGCUGCACAUGGUUCCGGAUUUAAACGAUUCCUCGAGGCAUAUAAUUUGCCUCGAGGAAUUUUAUUAAUCGAGUUACUCGAGUUACUCGAGUAAUCGUUUCAGCCCUACUUUAAUUCCUUACAAUAUUAAACAGACCAGUAUAAUAUUGGCUUUGUUGCUGAGAAGGUAAGCUUAAACUAUUUUUUUUCUUAAAAUCUUUAAUAUAAAUUAACUAAAUUUGCUGCAACAUUAAUACUGAUUGCAUGUUAACUUUAAAGUUGUGUCAGUUUGUUACAUGCAAAACACAACUUAGCCUGCAGGAUAAAUCAAUGCAGCUUCAAGGCCAGUCAGUAUCAGAAUGAAUACAGGAUAGAUAAGACAGUGUAAACACUUUGUGAUGGUGGGACUUCAACCCUGUUUUAACUCACAGGGAUCACUUUUAAAAACUAAACUUUUCAUUUCAAAAAGUUGUCCCAAGAAUAUUUUAAUAUCCUGGUACUGAAUCACAGUUAAAAUUUAGAUUUGAAACUGAGAGAAUAUGAUUCAUAACCCUGACGUAAAAAUGUGUUGUUUUUUUAUUCACUUGAUUCUGACAUGUAUAUUGUCAAGAAGACUGUAGUACCUGUUGACAUGUUGUCAGGUGAGAUUAGAGGGGAUUAUGCUUCAAAGCUGUGAAGUGUGGUGUCUUGCUGAUGGGAUUAGUCCCGUUGACAUGCAGACAGCACCCAACUGCUGACCUGAGGAUGUGUGUACAGUCACAGUAGGUGCUGAAUAUCAGCACACCUGACAGUCUGAGGUUACUGGCUAUGUGGGUCUUUCAGAGUGAGUGCACAGUGCCACCUGGUGUCAUAUUUUUGAAACUACAUUAAGUUUGAAUAAAUAAAACCUCUCAUUGUAGACUGCUGUGUAAGAACUCCAGAUGUUGUAAAUGUGACAGGAGUCAGGGUAAAGUCUCAGUCUGCUGUGUGAAGACAGUUGCUAAGAAGUUUGUUUUUUCACCACUGUGCCUCUAAAUGUUUUUGUUGUCAGGAAUUGAACACAGGCUUUACUCUACCAUCAGAGGUUUACAAAUAUAAUGUGCUCAUGUUAACUUCAUACUAAAAAUGAGUACUCUAAAUUGGAAGGAUAUUUUGUCAGCAAUCCAAGAUAAGAUAAGAUGUUCCUUUAUUAGUCUCACAGGGGGAAAUUCCAAAAUGAUAGCAGCAUAGUUUAGAUACAAAAAGAGAAAAUUAAAAGCUCAAGAAACUUUGAGUUAAAAACAGGAUAUGUGCAUGCCUCAUAUUUACAUCUGUACAGAAUUUACAUAAUAAUAGGCUUUAUUGCAAAUUGACUCUUGAAUGCAUUUAAAAAAAAAGCAAAAAUAAACAAGUUUUGUCGAUUAAACUCCAGGGUGAAAAAGAAAUCUGCUUUUCUGUGUUGCUGUAUAAAGCCAGACUGUUUGUUGUUGAGGUUACACUUUAAAUAAGACAUUUCAUGCUACAACAUGAAACUUCUGGAUCUAUGAAGAUGUGCAACUAUUCUAAAUGGCCGUUCUUAGGAAAUCUGCUAACUAUUAAGGGUUUUAUCAAUUUUGAUAUGUUCUCGAAAUCAGAAAAAGUGUUAUACAUGACAUGUUCUCAAUAUUUUCUUUGAAUUGCCUAAUCAGCGAUAACCAAAAAACCUCCCAAUGGUUUAAGCUUUUAGAUAUAAAAAAGAGAAAAACUGCGCAGAUAUUCCCUCUUGUAAGAAGCUCAAACCUUAUUUUUGCACAAUAUAUAAAUUCAACAUUAAAAUGAUGACAAAACAACUGUUAAUCAUUAAUUCAUCUAUAUGUUGAUCACCAAGAUUAUCACCUGUCAAUCAAAAACAGUUAAAAGGCUAAGAUGAUAGCCUUGGUUACACUUUACAAUGACCAUAAUUUAUGAAUGGGAAAUAGAUAGUUUAUUAAUGUUUAAUCAUCAUUAAAAACAGCAUAUAGACCAAUUAUAAAUGGCAAAUAGAUAGUUUAUCAAUAUAAGUUAAAAGUUUACCAUGAACAAGCAAUGAACUAUUGACCACUUAUUAAAGGUUUAUAUAGGGUUUAACUAUUGGUUGUAAAACAUCUAGAUUAAAAUGUGUGUCAGUAGCACUUUGUAAAUGGUUAAUAUUUGGUUUUUAAACCACCUACAAACAUUACUUAGAUGGUUAUUGUAAAGUUAGGGUUAGGUUUUUAAAUUUUAAAAUGUAUUAAUGGCCUAUAUGCUAUUUAUUAAUGAUGAUUAAACAUUAAUAAACUAUCUGCUUGCCAUUUAUAAAUGGUCUAUGUACCAUUUAUAAGUUAUGGUUAUUGUAAAGUGUUACCAUAUCCUUAUGAUUCAAAUAUUGAUCAUCAUCAUAAGUAAGCUUUUAUUGUAGUUUUAUUUCAACUCAAGAUUAAUUCAGCCCGUGUUUUCUAAUACAUUAUUGUAACUUGGUUAUCUAUCUGAUGGAGGUGGUUUAAAGUCUUUGUUUAAAUGUUAGGCAUCACCACAUGCAGGAUAUCCUGUCCUGUCUGAGUGUGUUUUUAAUGUCGUGAUGGUCUUCGUGGACUCGUGGUCAGGUCGUGUAAGACAUGAGGCUAUAAUAUUUUAGCGUGAUGGUGUUUAUCUGAGUUCACAACAGACAGCACACUCUCCGUCUUCCCGACCCGUGUCUCUGAUUGGCUGCAGCUCCCUUCAUCUCUUCUCUGAUUGGUUCAACUCUCAGUUGCAUUCACUGCCCAUGUGUGCUGCAUGUGAACGCUUGUUUUUCUUCUUACAUCUGCUUUUCCCUGAAAUUUCUUGCGAUCUUGCCGCAGCUUUACGGUAACACUCAAAAAGGCGCUUCCUUGCGGAUUAGUUUUUUGGCAGGUUUGCUGUUUGACGUUUUUGUAAGUGGAAUUCUAGGAAUUGUUUUUAAUGUAUCUGUGACAGAGACGCUUUGCUUGAAUGGAAAGAUGCUGUUCAAAACACAAUGUUAAUAAAAUGUGUGUCAGAAGGAAGGAAUGAUACAAACCGAACCUUACUUUGACUUCUACUUCAACUACUAUUGCUACUAUUUCUACUUUCUCUAUUGCUACUACUACUUCUACCAUUAGCUCUUCUACUUUGACUUAUACUUCUUCUAUUCUCAAACUACUUCUACUGCUUACAUGACUACUAAUAUCACUACUAUGACUACUUAUCAUACUACUACUAGAACUGCAACUUUAACUUAUGCCACUUUAAGGUAAUUUCCUUCUUCAUUCAAACUGUGCAAUUUCAGACAUUUUUCUAACCUCUUUCAGCAUGAAUAAAAUUUCAAUUUAUGGAGCAUAUUUAUACUAUUUUCACAAUGAUCCAACUUCUAUUUCUUUUUCACCCCUUCAACAGCUUUUACAUACCUUCCUCCAUUUUUUAUUAGCAGUUUAGCAUGGCUUUUUUAGCUUUUAGCACUCAGCAUUUCCACGUAUUUUCUGCAAGGAAAUGCAGUUUUUCUUUUUCUUUUUUUUUCUGUUUUAUGAACUUAUUUAGUUUUUAUUUCCAUUUGUCAAAGAGUACAACAAUUUCCUUUUCUGUAGAAACAUAAAAUUUAAUAAAAAUAAAUAAAUAAAUACACACAAAAUCAGAGUCACAUAAGGAGAAAAAAAAGAAGACAAUUUCUAAAAAGAAAACAAAAUAAAUAUAUAGCACCCAGAGUGCACAGUAUUGUGGCAGACUUGUGGAUGUCCUCCAUAUCAAACCAUUUUCACACAAUUUUUCCAAUAACUUUUUCCUAUUCCUUUUUCAGUUCAUUAAAAAACAGCAUCAAAAAUACAUUUCAUAGUUUGAAAUAGACAAUUACAGGAUUCCAUCCUCUCAAAAAUCUGUCCAAUUUUAGUUGUAUUUUAGCUGUCAUCCUUCCCAUUGAGUAGGUAGAGAAAUGCAGUUUUUCUAGUUGUUAGUUUUGUAGUUUUUUCAUGAUUUAUUAGACUUAUUUUUUGUCAACACACGCAUAGGCUUUUUCUCUAUUGUGCAGUACGCUUUCAAUUAAACUCAAAGCAUGUCUGGCUAACUCUAUAACAUGAAAUUGAACAUACUAAGUGCGGUGAAAAAACAGGGUUGAACUGCAUGGUAAGCAAAGUCACAUCCUGUACCCAGCUCCUUGUUUUGCUCCCUCACUUUUUCGGUGCGCGCUGUCUCCAUUCCUUACGGUAAUAAGAAACUGCUGUUUCUCAGCUGAUAUGAGGUAUCCAUCCCCCCUGCUGUAUCAGACUGCAAGUGCCAGAGCCCACCGCCUCAUCUCCGCUCUCGGUGGGUAACAGUAGUGAUCCCACGGUAAAAAUGUUGGAUAACGACGAGUUUAGGUUGGAGACUUCCCCACGGGAGCUCACGCAGAACCCACUCAGGAAGAUCUGGAUGCCAUGCGUAAAUGAGCACAUCGCUCACAGACGGGGUAAGAGGCAGCUGACCGGCGAGCUCUGUAGAGGAUGGGUGCUGAUGCAGGGUAUCUGAUAAUAUCCUGUUUCUGAUCAUGUUCAGUUUCCUUCAUUCCUUCAGCCUGUCUCUGAUUUGGAGAUAUGUGAUUAUCAGACAUUUACAUGCGUUUGUUUGGGGUGUUGCGCACUAUUCAAGUGCAUCAUCUACCUUUGCUGUAUGGCAGUGUUACAUCAUGCCCUGCCUUAUUUUCUUUAAUUUCACGUGUAUCGAGGUCAAAUUGACUACAAGCUCACGGAGAUGAACUGACAAGACACACAUGACGAAGAUGCGAGGACCAGCACUCCCAGUCCACCGACUGAUGCUGUUAACUCUCCAGUCUGAUCAUGAGAGCUGAGCUGCUGGGUUUUCUGUCUACGCAGCUUUUUGCUGAGUCAAGCUCUGCAUUUGUCUGAGCUUUCCCCCCUUUGAAGCAGAAGACGGUUUGAUCAGUUCUUUAUCAAACCUGAUACUCUACCUUUGAUCAGUGUACCUAGUGUGCAGUCACAUUUACAGCAGGAGUGUGACUUCAGUCAUUAAACCAAACCUUUGUUUGAAGUGUGUGGUAUGUCAGGAGGGUGCUGCCCUGCAGAAGUGGCUGUGAAUAUCAUUUUUUUAUGAAGGGAGACACUUGGAGCUCAUGAUUUUUAAUGUAACAGAAAUGAAAACAGAAACAGUGUUUACAGAAUCCAUUACCUCUCUGUUUGAUAUUCUUGAAUGAAGUCUGAAAGAGGUAAACUAUUUGAUAAGAAGAAAAAAACAGAAAACAAUUCAUUGCAGUCUGACUGUUCACUGCUCGUAGCUGUUGAUAAGCUCUCUUGUUCUCUGUGGUUUUAAGUUACAUUAAAAUAUGUGUUUCAUUCUCUCUCUCCCCCACCCCUCCUUCUCCCUUCUUCUCUCCUCUCACAGUAUGCAUGACAAACUGCCCGACUGUCAUCGUGACUGUCGGACUCCCAGCACGAGGAAAGACGUACAUUUCAAAGAAACUGACACGUUACUUGAACUGGAUAGGUGUUCCUACCAAAGGUAACAGAUUCAGCCCCAUCAUAUCUGGAGAAAUGAGUUACACACUCAUCUUUGAAAUGGACACUUUUAAAAAAUAGGCGUUUUAUUAGUUUUUCAAAGAAUAGCAGGAAUACUGGAAAACUAGAACAACAACAACAACAAAAAUCUUGAAUGCACCAAAUAAAUUAUACCAAAUUUAAAGGCGAUACGUUAAAACAGACAUUUUUUCCAACAAUCCAUGUCUGAUAUAAUAUGAUUUAUUAAAAGUUCAGUGCUAAAAGAAUUUUAAAAAACAGCUCCUUCAAUAAGAUAUGUUGUUUCAAAUGAUAGCUUUGAACAGAUCAAGUUAGUCAAAGUCUAAAUGCGAAUUUUUAAUUUUUUUUUAAAUUAAUUAAUUAAUUAAUUAAUUAAGUAAUUAAUUUAUUUUAUUUUAUUUUUUACAUGUAACAGAGUUCAACGUUGGCCAGUAUCGAAGGGAGUGUCUGAAGAUCUACAAAUCCUUUGAAUUCUUCCGUCCAGAUAAUGAAGAAGGCUUAAAAAUCAGGCGGUAAGUCCUCACAGACUGAACCCUUUGAUGCUGUGCCACAAACAUAACUGAGGCAGUCUGCAGGUUUUUGGUCCACACAGAGGACGUAUAUGUACUACACAUUCUUCAUUUAGUAUUCAGAUAAAAUCUCUAUACUGAACUUUUUAAAUGAAGGGUGUGGAUUAGUUUGACAGUGUGCCAGCCAGAGUAGCUAGUCAAUCGCCCAAGCCUAUACUGCAAAAAUGUCAGCAAAAAAAUGUCUGACUCUGUGUCUGCUUAUCUUUCACAGCCAGUGCGCCACGGCAGCUCUUAAUGAUGUUCGACAGUACCUGAGUGUAGAAGGAGGACAAGUGGCGGUAAGUCUGUGGAUCGGACCUGACUUCUACAUUGCAAAUGAUACAAACAUCAGUAAAAAAUUUCUCCACUUGUGAACUGCAUAAGGAGUGCUUUCUUCCUUGUGUUUCAGGUGUUUGAUGCCACAAACACAACAAGAGAAAGAAGAGGGACUAUCGUAAAGUUUGCUGAGCAGAACGGGUACAAGGUACGUUAGUCAGAAAAAAAAAAAGGAGAAUUUUAACGGUCACUUUCACAAAACAAUCUCACAGUUUUACUUCUUUAUUUUCCUGCCUAUGUAGGUGUUUUUUGUGGAGUCUGUGUGUGAGGACCCUGAUGUCAUUGCACAAAAUAUAGUGGUAAGUUUGGUGUCUUUUUUGGCUGAUUAUUAAAAAUGAGAUAAAUAUAAAAGUCUGUGUUGUUAAAAAAAACGUUGACCAAAAGAUUUGAUUAGAUAACUCCUUAUUGUAUGUGAUAGCUUGAGAUUGUAGUUUUAAAAGUAGAAUUUUCCCAACAGCAGUUUUAAUGAAUAUCCAUAAGAUGUGUACCAUAGAAAUAUGUAUGGGUUUAAAAUUCAGUUUUUUUCUGAAACACGGCGCAGACAGAAGAUAUUUUUGGAUUAAAACAAACAAUCUAAGUUCGUAUAAAGGCUGAAAUCCUUUCAGACAGCAUACUUCCUCUUCCCUCUCUCUGUUUCCUCCCUUUGUAGCAAGUGAAGCUGGGCAGUCCAGACUACAUCCACUGUGACACAGAAGAGGCCAUUGAAGACUUCAUGAAGAGGAUCAAGUGUUAUGAGUCUUCUUACCAGCCUCUAGACGAGGUCCUCGACAGGUGAGGAUACACAAAAAACAGCUGUAUCAGAGUAACCCCCUCCUCUUAAAGAUCACAGAUAGUCAGUCUUGCUCCAUCUUGCUGCAGGGAUCUGUCCUACAUUAAGAUCAUGGAUGUGGGCAGACGUUACCUAGUGAAUCGUGUUAUGGACCACAUCCAGAGCCGGAUCGUCUACUACCUGAUGAACAUCCAUAUCACACCACGCUCCAUCUACCUGUGUCGCCACGGGGAGAGUGACCUCAACAUCAAGGGGCGGAUCGGUGGUGACUCUGGAUUGUCCACUCGAGGGCAAGAGGUGUGUUGGCGUGCAGGCAGAUAUCAUCUUGUGUCCGUUUAUUUUCUUUUAAGGAAGACAAAUAUUAUGGUUCCUCAUAACUGUGUCUUUCCUUCUAGUUUGCCAAAAGUCUUAGAAAAUUCAUCCAGGACCAAGACAUCAAAGAUCUCAAAGUUUGGACAAGCCAGAUGAAGAGAACGAUCCAGACCGCAGAGUGCCUUGGGGUCCCGUAUGAGCAGUGGAAGUCUCUCAAUGAAAUUGAUGCUGUACGUUGAUUCCAGUAUUCAUGAAAUUAUAACCUUUAAAAGAAUUAUUGUGAAACCAAUUUAAUCACUUUUCUGUUUUUACUCAGGGUGUCUGUGAGGAAAUGAUGUAUGAGGAAAUCCAGGAGCAUUACCCUCUUGAGUUUGCAAUGAGAGACCAGGACAAGUACCGCUACCGCUAUCCUAAAGGAGAGGUCAGAGCCAGACCCUUCCAAAUAUCUUAUUAAGUAUUUUUUUAAAGAAAUAAACUGACUUUUUCAGUUAGUUGAUAAUUCUGUGAUUCCCCAUCAGUCUUAUGAAGACCUGGUGCAGCGUCUGGAGCCUGUAAUCAUGGAGCUGGAGAGGCAGAAGAACAUUCUAGUUGUUUGUCACCAGGCUGUCAUGCGCUGUCUUCUGGCAUAUUUCUUGGACAAAACUGCUGGUAUGGAGGACAAAAAGCCUACAAUAUAUUUCGUAUGCUUUUGUCAAAUCACAUGAAUCAGAGGGUUGAAGUACUUUCUGUCUCUGCCUUCACAGAUGAGUUGCCUUAUCUUAAGUGUCCUUUGCACACUGUGUUGAAGUUGACCCCCAUGGCGUAUGGUGAGUGAUAUGAGAAAAAAAGUUUUUUUGGCAUUUAAGAGUGACAGUUAUCAAUCUGAUAUUGCAAAUUCAUCAUAUUAUGUCUUAAAUUUACAAAGAUAACUGUCCUUUGUUAAGAAAUUAUAAUUGUAGUUCAGUGUGUAUUAAUGAUCCAUGUUGUGCUGUUUUUUUUUUUCAGGUUGUAAAGUGGAGUCUGUGUAUUUAGGCAUUGACUCUGUGAACACACACAGAGACAGACCUGAGGUAGGUUUCUCAGGGGCGCACACAGAAGUAUCUCUCAGCAGACAACACUGACAACCAGAAUUCAAUUCAUGUUCUCUUUUCAACUUGGCCAUGAUGAGGAGGAAAACCCUCUUUGAGCUUGUAGCUGAAAAAGAUGUGUUUCUUUGAUGAUUUGUGGACAGGCACAUCAUUUUCUCCCAGCCUGUUAAGGCCCAGCAGUAGUUACUGAUCCAUUCAUCUCUUCUUACUGCACAGAGAAAGUAGAUCUUUCACGGCAGAGGAAACCGUGUUCAAUCUCCAUCCACCUGUGACCCCUGACAGCAACCAAGAAAACUGUGACAUCAAUUAGCAUUGACACUCCUACCUCCAUCCUGACCUUUCUUCCUCUCUGAUCCCUUUUUAUUCCUCAGCUGGGCCAGAAAUCAUGCUGUUCAUAACUUUAUUUUCUGGCUCUUAAUGACUCUAAGAGCCAUGGAUAAAACACAGCAAAAUGAAAGUGAUAAUGAAAGUUAUUAAGUUAAUUAAACAGAAAAAAUGCUGCAAAUGCACAAGAUAUUCACUUUGAUUGAGUUGGUUCCUGAAACUUUGAUUGCAAGUUUUGACAGAAAUCAGUAAAUCAAUAAUCAGUUUGAGGCUAGUGCUUAAUUUACUUAAAUUUACUGAAAAUCUUAAAUAAUUUUAUACUCAAUCAGGCCGAAUGCUUAACAGACAACACAUAUUCUUCACUUAAGUUUAAGCACAAAAGUCAGUUGAAAACUAAAUUAACAACCACAUUAUCAGGUUCACAUGUUCCUGCUGCGUGUGAGCCAUUUCAUCACCUUUUAAGUUCUCAUCAGUCUAGUUGUAUAAGGUUGUUUUCUGUAUGUAAUUCAGCAUGUUCCUAAGUGCUCAUGUGUGUUUAUUUGAUAAUAUGGUGUAUUUGUUGUCAAAUGAGUGAAGACUCUUUUGUGUUUGCUUGUGUUGUCAUAUUUAUGUGCAUUCGUUUGAAGCUGCAGUGUGAACAGGAUACCUUUAUUGCCUCGUUUUUUAGAAACUACAUGCUGGACUUCAGUUUCAGGCCAUUUCACUCUGCUGUGUGUGUGUGUGCGUGCGUGCCAGGAUACAAAUGAAGAGAUCAAGCUAAUAAAAUAUCAAAUCAUUUUUUUUAAUAUCUUUGAAGCUGAAACACUGAUGUUUUUUUGAUAACUGAUGUAAAUAAAUAGUGUUUUGUGUGAUCAUGAAUCCAUAAACAUGUUUGUUGUAUAACUUUUUUUAUACCUAUGUUUACAAGUCACUGUAGACAAAUAUGUUAGACUCCAUUAUACAACUUUCUGCAUAUAAGCUGACAUUGUAAUUUUUUUCUAAAGUAAUAUUUUCAUCUCUAGCUAACCUUUGUUCUUUGCAAGCCUUAACUGUUGAAAUGUGAUGGAUUAAUCUGCAAUGACAACAAAUCCCCAUAAAAUGUGAGAAAUGAAAUUUCACUGGAGUUUCACUCAAUCGUUUAUGUGCACUUUUUUAUUAUAGAAACAAAUCCAAUAGUGUUUAUUGUUUGCUUUCUAACACAAGUUUAAAUUAUUUGAUCAAAUGUGACUUUUUUGGGGGGGUUUGUUUUCCCAUGUUGUCAAUAUAAAAACUAUUAUUAAAAACCAUUCUCUUUCUCUUACUUUAUUGGCAAAAAAAACAUCCAUGAUCAUGUAAUGCGCAUAUAGUCUAGAAGGACACAAUUUUUUUUCAGUCAAACAUGAAUAAAUUAUGAACUUGUAUUCUAGUCAAUGUAUUUUGUGUUUGAAGUCAUCUAUUUAAAUAUUUCUUUGAUUCAGAGAGACUCAUGAAAGUGUGACAGAAACUGCAAAAAUGUCCUUUCACACUAAACAUUAAAGGAUAUAUCAUUGGAUAUAAUGUCUCUCGGGGAUAUGAAAUCAGAAGACUUAAAUAAAAAAAAUAUAUAUUAAGGUCGGAUGAGUUUGAUGGAAACUAAUAACCAUCCUCUCGUCCUUCUUUCAGAAUGUGACUGUGCAGCGCAGCACAGAAGAUGCUUUGGAAACAGUUCCCGCUCACUUCUGAGUCCCUGCACUUCCUGUUCCAGCUGAGACUUGGUCUGAAUCUGUGUUAGGACCUGCAAACAGCAUCAUGGGAAAAGAUGCUGUUCGAUUGAUAGGAACAGGAGAAUUGAGUGUUUUCCCAGACUCUUACUGUAAGCACUUUCACUCAAUGUUUGCUAUUUUUAUAACUGUUCUGUUGUGAUUUAUACCAUACUUUUUCUGUAGCUCAACUCCCAGUGAGGAAAACUAAAGGAACAUGCCAUUAUUUUUUUAUAUGUGUGUCUUCUGUCGUUGUAAUGAUUCUUCUUCAACAUGAAGCAAAUAUGACCGGAAUCAUAUUUAAUUUCCACUGUAAAAAUCACUGUAUAUAUGUUUAUUUUCUUAAGCUUCCAGUGUUUCUGAAGAUAUUUUUAUUUAAAAAUACCAAGUAUCAUAACACCAUAAAAAACUGUGAGGUGUCUGGAGGUACUUUGAUUAUACUCGUCUUAAACAAAGUCCCUAAUCCUUCACUGUAAUACUGUACAGCAAUAGCCUUUGGAUUUUUGAUUUUGUCUCCCCUGUUUGUGAUGUACUUGGUGUAUAUCUUCUCAGCUAACAUUAAUCACAUUCCAGAUGCGAGUGUCUGGUACACCAAAUGGGGAAACAGGCAGCCUAGUAAAUGUAAAUGCAGCUGACACUUCUUCUCUAAGAUGUAGCUUCUGUCCUGUGAUCAAAAAAAGUUCAGAGAGACGCUUUCUUUUCAGUCAUUCUGGUACAACUGAAAAUAAUUUUAAGAAAACUUUUGGGGCGGACUUGGUGGGUUUCCAGUUUUUUAGCAGGUCAAGUGAAAUGUUGAGAUGAAUCUUCAGUCAUUUGUUCAUCACUUCACAUGACAGUCCGAUUCAUGGGUUUUAUAUUAAUGGUGGAGCAUUUUAACAGUACUGUGAAAACUGUCCUGCAUGUUUGUGUUUUAAUCUACAUGUAUUAUAUGCUGUGAAUGUUUUUUUUCUAAGGACUCAACCAUGUCUGUGACAUUUUACAUUGUAUAUUACUGUACUAAAAACAAGAUUCCAAAUGUGUCAAAGUCUGAAUAAACACUUGAUGCAUGGAGUGAAGGCAGAGCUUUGGUUUGUGCUCAUACCUUAUAAAUUUAGAAGGAAUUUCACUCAUAUACAAAGCAUAAUUUUUUUUAUUUAUCAUCAAGGGUAAAACAAGCCAGCACGUAUAUUUAUUCUCAUUAUUUCCAUUUACAAUAGGGUUCACUCUGCACACUAAGACAGGAAACAUGCACCAAUUGAUUAACCCCCUGUUUCAGAUCUGUCAUAACAAAAAAUAUCUCACUUAAAUGUAUGUUCAUAUAAUAUAUAUUUUAAAAAACAUUUAAAUAAAUUUAAAAAUUCCAUUACCCUGUGCUCAUUCAUAUUGAUGAAAAAAUGGCACCUGCCUUGACUUUCUCUUAAGCUUUAAAGGCAGAUAUUUAUUUAUGGUGUGAUCAUUUUUAUGUACAAAUAUCAAUACUUUUGAGCAUCGGGGAAUCCAAGUCUAAAGAGCCUCCCAUCAGCCUUUACAGCAUGUCUGCUGUUUCUCAGCUUCUCUUCGCUGAUUGUAUCUUGUCUUCUCUUUGCCCUUUAAGGUAUGCACUCCACAGCGAUGGCUGAAAUGGCAGGAAUGUACUCCCAGGUUUUUUCUCUCUCUAUCUCAGAACUGCAAGAGUAAAGCAACAACAAAUCUUAAAGAUUAAAGCAAAUACAUCAUUUUUCAUGAUUUUACAUGAAACCCAUAAUCUUAAUCACAUUUAAGUACCUAAAAAAAAGAGAACUGCAACUCACAUUUUUGAGGAACUCUUCAGCAACAAUACGAGCCCGGGCGUUAACGGAGAGCUUCAUCUCACUGAUCUCUUUGUCAAUUUCCUCCAUGAAGUGAAUGACAAAAUCCACCAGUUUAUGUUUGUACAUCUGUUCUGUGUGGAAGUUGGUGAUGAGAAAGCUGAUGUCGUAGCCCUGCAAAAAAAAAAAAAAAAGCACAUUAGUCACCCUGUAUUCAUGUUUGACUGAGCUGAAUUGUAAAGUGCAACAUCUUUAGUCAUGUCUACUUGGCUUGUUUGUCUUAUUUUUGUCUCACAUUGACAAUAAAUCAGUGCU